AUGUCGACACCGCCUUCGCUUUCCAGCGGUCCCAAUUUCAGUCGAGAAUUAUUGGAGGUCGAGAGAUUUCGUGCACGCCAUAGACGUCUUUGUCGCGGACAGCAGGCUGCAUUGCCCGUAUCCAGGAUCGAGGCCCUUGAUGUGGAGGAAGACCGUACUCGCAAAAUCCCCGCUAAUUGGCGGCAGAAACAACAACAGGCUCAGACCCCGAACCAUUUUGACGACGGCUACUGGCCCGAGUCGGCGGGCACGGAAAUGCAUUUGGGUUACAACGCUUUUGACUCCACAGCUUCCCCCGAGGGAUUUUGCGAUGACACAGAAGAGUCCAUGGCGUUUAAAUACCCAGUCAUUGAGCCCAGCCAGCAGGCUGAUGAGGGGAUUCAACGGGAGCAGGCAGGCGAGAUUAAACUCGCGUCUGCCGACGACGACGAUCAACAAAAGCGCAAACAUUUCAUGGCAGAUGUAGGGAGGAAAGUGGCAUCCAUGGGCUUUAGCAGUGCCACUACGUGGCAGCAAAGACCCCCUGCGCGUCUAUCAUCUGGAGAAAUUAUCCCACAAAUAUCCACUUUUGGGCAAAGCGUGACGUGGGGAGCUCCUGGGUACUACAUAACAUAUAACGGCCAGCGUCGAGCGAUGUACUGCCAACCGCUGUACUUUACUUGA